CAGCAAAUGGGGGUGUUACAUUAUUAUUGUUCCGUCACACCGGGCAGAGCAUGCAGUCAAAAUAAAGUUGAUGUUGUAGUAGGUUAGAGACAUUAAAACAUUUGCGAUGUAUCUCACACAGGAUUUAGAACUGUUUCAUGAAUACACGGUGACUCAGCUGCUCUUCAAAGAUGUGAAAAAUGCGACUGAGCUCAGGAAAAUGGCAGUAAAUGGAGAAAUAAAAGGCGCCUUGAUCAAUCCAUCAAUGAUCCUGGUGGCAACAAAUAAAGCAGUUCACCUUCAUAAAAUCGGGAAAAUGAAAACCAGAAGCCUUUACUCUGAAAUCAUUUUCAAUCUUUCACCAACAAACAAUAUAUCCGAAGCUUUCAAAAGGUUCGGAAUCUCCGACAGCGACACCGCGGUUCAUAUUGUGUUAGUACACAAUAAAGAAGAGACCCUUAACAUUGAUGACAUCAUCUCAAAGGUGGAUGGACAGCAAAUUGAUGUUGGUCAAGUGUCCGAAAUGACUGAUACUGCAAAAAUAAAAAAGCUCUACAAAAUCACACCACAAGAGGAUAAGUGUGGCACUCUUUUGGACGCUGUUGUUUGCAGGAUGGCAAUUAAAGAUGUGGCCUAGAUAAUGUGUUGGUUAUUUCAAUAUAAACAAUUGCACUUGCUCUGCCUAUAUGUUUAAAUAAAAACUAGGGCUGUUUAACCAUUAAUCUUGACUAAAUGAAAACAAGAUAAAAGUUUGUAUUAGCAUAGUGUUUAUAAAGGUACACACGUGUAUAUACUUAACAAUAAGUAUUUAUAAUUUUAUAUAAACGUUCCAUAUAUAUAUGUAUAUGUAUGUGUGUAUUUAUACAUACAUAAUAAAUACACACAAUACACAACAUUAUUAACCUAAUGUAAACUUUUAUUUUGUCUGCCAUUAGUUACAAUUUAUAAAUUCACAUUUCAUUUAAAUCAUCUUGGCUAUAUCAAUGUAUAUUUACUAUUCAUAAUUUUAGAGGUGAAAUUGUGUACAAAAACUGUAUCACCUUCUUUUUGUAAAUAAAGGAGAAAUAUAAAUUAAA